CGGCAGAUAGUCGGAACGUCGAGAGGAGCAACGAUUCCAUUCUCUCGAGGAUCUUGUCUUGGUACUUCGGGCUUCUGUUGAGUCUAUUUCGAAGUAUCUUCAAUGUCAUUGGCUAUGCGAUCUGGGCUCCUGCUCUCUGGGCAUCUGCUUGGAUCUGCCUGUUCUGGGUGAUUCUGCAACUGCCACUGAUUGCUUUCAAAUGGUUCAUCACGGUCCUGCACACCCCGGCGUAUGAGAGAUCACGUAACAAGCGGUGCGUACUGAUCAGCGGCGGUAGCACAGUGCAGGCGGUGCAUCUUGCACGUAACUUCUAUAAGGCGGGCGCCCGGGUGGUAGUGUGUGAUCUCGAGGGCCUGUUUGGUCUAGCCAGAUUUUCCAUCGCCUGCUCCAAGUACUACACGAUACCGCGGCCUGGGCCCAGGAACGUUGUCGAGUAUAUAAAGGCGUUACGGGAUAUCGUCCAGUGCGAACGAGUGGCCUACUACAUACCGGUGAGUGCCACCAGCACCGCGUACUAUGAUGCCUUGGCGAAACCGCAUCUGGAGAUCAUGGGCUGCGAGUGUUUCGUGCCCGAUGCCAGCGAGGUGACCGCGCUGGACGACCCGUUGGAGCUACUUCGACGCUGUCGCAUGCUCGGUCUUACGAUCCCACAGCACUUUCUGUUGCGAUCAAUGCAGGAUCUGUCCGCGCUCUAUGAACGAAACAUGUUCCGCAACGGCAGAAAGAUCUUGCUACCAUCCACCUUCAGAGAGUUCCGAAAUCAACACGAGAUCAGCGAGAGGCGACCGUGGGUGGUAAUCCGCGACCCCGGUGGAGAUCACUUCAUCACUUGCACCACGCUGAAAGAGUCACGGAUAGUGACGAACGUGACCUGCCGAGUGGAUGAAGAUCGGGGCCUUAUACCAGAGGAACGUUCCGAGAUUAUAAGGUGGCUUGAACAGUUUUUCACUCGUUCCUUCGGUGGCAGGAUCAACGGCCACAUGAGCUUCCGAUUGGCAGUGGCUGAGGAGACGGGUGAGCUGGUGUCCAUCGGCUGUCGGGUAGGCGUGAGCCUGCCCUACAUCUGUCACACAGGGAUACAUCCGCGUCUGGUGUGGAAACCCUGCCGACACUUCUCAAGGCAGAAUUCAACGUUGGUAGGUACGUCGAGCCAACAGCUGCUGUCCGAUACCGUGGUGAGUGCCCUCAAACAAUCAACCAGCGAGACCGUGCCCCAUCUUCUGGGCACAGUGCUGGACAAGAGGGAAUCCCUUUUCGUGUAUUGGGAUCCAUUACCCUACUGUGCCUACUAUCACCUCCAAUUGCCGUUCAGGCGCGUCGCAGAGGUAAUCAGGACGCAGCAUAACCCACCCCUGGCGGUAGUGCAAUAGGAUUCAUCCUUAAAGCGGAAGUUUUUCUUGUAUCUGUACUGAGAUCUCUUCUGUUUCGCCUAUUAUCCUAUGCAGCUACCCUUCAAACAUCGCGAGGAUCGUGAAGAACUCACAAUUGAUCCUUAACUCGUGAUGCAAGAGUUGAAGUGUAUCUGAAUCUCAACGUUGAUCGCGUCUCCGAAAAGAAACGAAUGUGCCAAAGAGGAGAUCCGCAGACGAAUCCCGAAGAUCGUACUUAUUUCUUUUUCGUGAGUAAUUGUGUAGAGUGUGAUAUUAUUUAUUGGAAAACAGUGUAUCUAUUUCACACGCGACUGAUCGGCGUGUCUCACUGUCAAGUCUCAUCAUCGACAAUAAGCUACGUAUUCUUUUGUUACAUUACCUUGCGUCGCGUUGUAACAUAUCAAUGAAUAUGAGACUAACAGCUAUGAUUCCACGCAUAGAAUGUGAAAGAGAGAGUGUAUAUGUAUGCGUGUAUAUAAUUUCAUUUCAUUUACUUAUUAAUUAACGAUUGUAACGUAUUAUUAUGUAGCAGUACUAUUUUGCUGAAGAGAAGAGGAAAAAGACACGGUAUAGUUGUGUGUUAAUUCGAAAAUUAGAAAAUAAGGACUUGUCCACGCAAACACGAGUCAUCAUGACAUCAAAAUGGCUCCAAUUACUAAGAGUUACUUUUCAAUCAGUAACGAUUAAUUUUAACGUCAUUUUGACAUUAUCGUGACUUGUUGUUCUGCUUG